AUGCUAAGAAGACAGGCUAGAGAAAGAAAAGAGUAUUUAUACAGAAAAGCUCAGCAACUCAAGGAAGAAGCGAAGAUAGAGAAAAGACAUCAGCUUGCGCAGGCUUUAGCUACUGGUAAAAAUCUUUCAAAAGAUAUAGCUGAUGAUCAGCAGCUUCAAAAAGACUUUUUGUAUGAUGAAACAAUUCAAAAAGAAAACGAGGAAGUGGAUGAUGAAUAUGCAAGACUUAGUGGAUUUGUCGAACCAAAGGUAGUGAUUACUACUUCUAGAAGUCCGUCAGCAAGAUUGUCACAAUUCACGAAGGAGAUGAGAUUGAUGAUACCGAACUCAAUCAGAAUAAAUCGAGGUAAUUACAUAAUGCCAGCAUUAGUUGAGUCAUGCAAGAGAUCAGGCAUAACAGACAUAGUGGUAAUACACGAGCAUAGAGGUGUGCCUUCGACCUUAACCGUGAGCCAUCUUCCUUAUGGUCCUACGGCUGUGUUCACUCUACAUAACGUUGUUCUUAGACAUGAUAUUUACAAUGUUGGAAACAUUAGUGAGGCAUAUCCACAUCUUAUAUUCGAGAACUUCACAACAAAACUAGGACAGAGAAUCAAACAUAUUCCACCGGGAGUGAAAAAGGAAUCUCCUAGAGUGAUAUCUUUCGUGAAUAAAAAUGAUUUUGUUAGCGUGCGGCAGCAUCUCUAUGUUAGGACGAAAGAUGACGUAGAGUUAAGAGAGGUCGGCCCAAGGCUUGAGAUGAGACCAUUUUCGAUAAAGCUUGGCACGUUGGAUGAUGAAGAUGCUGAUGUGGAAUGGAUGCUAAGAAGAUUCGUUAGAACAGCAAGUAGAAAGAAUUACUUGAGCGAGUAA